AGUGGCAGAGGGAUCGAUCGGCGCCGUCGUCGUAGCAGCAGCAGCGGCAGCAGCAGCAGCAGCAGCAGCAGCAGCAGCAGCAGCGGCAGCAGCAGCGGCGGGAGCAGCAGCAGCAGUAGCCGCUUUAGUCGUCGGCGGCUCCUGCGGCCCGCGCGAGCCCCCAGCAAGUCCGAGCACAGACGCGUGGCACAGAGUCCGUGCGGCGAGGGGGCGCGGUUCGACGGAGGAGAGCUCGCGAGAGAGGCGGCAGUGCGAGAGGUGGCGAUGAUCGCCGAGGCUAGCAGGUGAUGAGGAGUCCUUGCCGUUCCUCGCCAGCAUGCUGAUCCGCUGGAAGAGCAAGGACAAGGCCUCGAGCAAGAGCGGCGACAGCGGCGGCAUCGGCGUCGGCGGCGGCCCCGGCCAGGGCAAGAAGAAGCGCAAGUUCGGCAAGGACGAAGAAGAGUGGAACGCAGAUGCCAAGAAUCGCUAUACUAAUGAAAGCGGUGGCACAGGAAAGGCGGAGGGUGAAGGGCCUAACGAUCACGCUGGCAGGCGCAUCAUCGGCGGCGCGGGUGUGGGCGUCGGCGGCGGUGUCGUCGGGCUGGGUCCGCAGGGCCAGCGGAGCGGCGGAGUCGGCGCCGCGGGCCGCUCGCGCGACGAGCCGCGCCGGCACACGCUCAGCGGCGAUCACCAGCCCUCGGCCGCGGCCUUGCUGCACCACCAACAGUUCACCAACGCCGUGGCGGUCGCGCACAACGCGGCCCAAGGGGGCCCGCCGCAGCCUGGCCAGCCCAUUCACCCGCUGCAUCCCAGGCACCUGCCGCCGCCGCACUCGCAGUACGGCAUAUCGUCCAGGCACACCACCAUGGAUCUCGAGAUGGGGACAAAGUCUCGCCAGAGAAAGUCGCCUCUGCCAAGGGGUUACCCGCCAAACAUGGCACACGGCAAUCUGUUCGACGACGACCCGGGGAUCAUGUCCGAAGUGGAAACGUCGAGCACAGGCUUCCGCCGUGGCGGUAAACAACGGAGCAGCUUGCCUGUCGUCCGCACUCCCAGUAAGACUCUCGAGCGUCCGUUAGGAUUGGUGUUCCUACAGUACAGAAACGAAACGAAGAGAGCUUUGCUACCCAAUGAGAUAACGAGUAUCGACACGGUGAAAGCCCUCUUUGUCCGAAGUUUCCCCAAGCAACUGACCAUGGAAUAUCUGGACAGUCCUCACGUGAAGAUCUACAUUCACGACAGCAACAAAGACAUGUUUUACGAGCUGGAGGACCUGAGGUCUCAUUUGCGCGACAUCCGGGAUCGCAGCGUGUUGCGGCUGUUCGAGAGCGACGGCGUUGCCGGGAUGCCGGGAAGCCUCGGGGUCCCGGGCGGUCCCAUGCUGCCGUCGCACUGGGAGGACCAGAGCUACUUCAGCGAGCCCGAGUUCGACAGCGAGUUCCAGCACCAGCACAUCCACAAGAGCAAGGACGAAAUAAAAAAAAGGAAAAGGCGAGUCAAUGGCCACAGUUUAGGUAGGUAA